UGUGACUAUUGUCACGUGAUACUCACCGUAUCCAAUGGCAACAUAAAAAACAAAACGUGCACGAUCGCACACAGUAUAGUAGUAAUGGAUAGCGGUAGAGCCACACCGGAGGAGCCUCAGGGAGGGAAGUAAGUAAAGACAUGGGUCGACUCUCCGUGCACUCAGUGGUAUACACCACUCCCCAUAUCCCAGUGUCGGAGAAGAGGCUCCUCCCGAGUCUUAUCGCUCCAACUCCAAGAAAGAGGAGCUGCUGCUGGGCUACUGCGACAACUUCACCAGACAGUUCAAGAAGUUGUAUGGAGACAGGAAACCUCAGUUCUUGCGACCAGUCAACGAGUGUGGCAUUGAGAAGUUUGCGUGCACCACUCUGCGGCCCACAUGUCUCCCUUACAAAGAGCUGUAUGACUGGGACGGCGCUGCCUCGUUUGUCGCGGGCUACAUCACCUGCUCACCUCUCCACCCCCCAGAUGAACUGGUAGAACAAAACCCUCAUUACUCCCUUAUUACUCUCUUUUGGUCUACUCCCCAAAUUUACAAACCAAACGGAAAUUUAAUGGAUCCUCCCCAACUGUUCUCAAACGUUUUCCAGAGCAGUGAAACCUUAGAAUAAGGGACAUCUUGGGGGAAGUGCAAGUGCCCUUUAUUCAGAGGCAUUCUUUAUUUGGAGGUGUGAGGCAGAUUAAAGCAUUAUUUAUAGAGGGUCCUUUGUCUUAAGGGUUUCGUUUCCCCUGGCACAGCCCCAACAGCUGUCGUCACCAACCCUGGUCCUCUCUCGUCAAGAAGGCACCAGUUUCGACAUGUCGGGACUCCUCUGCUCUCUGCUGGUGGGAGUCGGCUACGACGCCUACUGUGUCAGUGGGUACGCCAUGAGAGAGGUCACAGAGGUCGACCAGGGAGGGAAAACCUGUCCGCUUCUUGAAGUAGGGGAGAAGGAAGAGGAAGGAGGGGUUGGGGGGAAGCUGUCUCGCUACCUGGUGCGACCUCCACGCGACCUCUCCAGUCAAUUCGAGCGCCGACAGGAAACCAAAGCCAGUGCCGAAGAGGAGAGGAAGAAGAGGGAAAUUGAAGCAGCGAAUGCUCCCGUCGAGGAAGAGGGAGAGGUAGACAAGUACCAUGGACUGCGGGUCCACUGCUGGGUGCUGGUCCUGUCUGGGAAGAGAGAGGUGGCCCAGAACUUCUUCAUCGAGGCCACCACCGGAGAGAGUUAUUCGACAGAUUCAGAGCUGUAUCUGGGCAUAGAGUCACUGUGGAACCACAGGAACUAUUGGAUCAACAUGCAGGACUGCGCUCGGGGGCUCCAGAAUCUGGUGUUUGAUUUGGGAGACGCUACAAAGUGGGAGUCCUUCUUUCCCUCUGUGGAUCAGCCACUGCUGGUGGUGCCUGAAGAGAGCACCGCCACUCUCGGGGAAGAGAAAAAACCUGAUGAUAAGGAGGAUUUUGAACUGCCUCCAUCGUGGGUCCUUCCUCUCCACAUCUCCAGCAAAGACUUUGAGACCCGCUGUCCUCAAGGGAAGAAGACGACACUCUACCACAAGUCUCGACUGGAGACCUUCUCUGACUACCUCACCUCAGACGGCCUCGUCUCCCGCCUCUCUCUCUACAGUGACACCGCCAGGCGGAGCCGGGUGGAGACGAGGAGUGUGUAUCGUCACAGGGAGGACAGACUGGAGAGGAGGGUGGAGGAGGGAGGGAGUGGGCUGGUUCACGAGGAGUUUAGUCUGGGGAGGGAGAGCGCUCUCCGGAGCCACACCCACUCCACCAUACAUCAUCACUCCAGGACGCUGACCUUCUACCACAAUGCGAGAGUGGAUGGUCUGAGAAGUCGAGAGCUGGCGUCAUCAGAGAUGGUAGAGGUCUUCCAGGGAAGGCCAGACUUCCUCCACCAGCGCAGCACCGCCUACCUCAAGACCACGCCCUCCAGGAGCUCUGGAGAUCACAGGGAGGUCCUGAGGAUAGUGGAGAAGUUCCACCAUGACCCGUCCCUGCCCCCCAACUCUGCCGUGGCUGAGAGAGUGUUCAGUCUGAAGGAGCCGUCGUCCAUCCGAGUCACCUACCACCUGGAGCCAGACAGAAUCACCGCCUCUCAUCGCCUCUUCCUCACCCCUCCCCACUCUCAGGAACAGGGAUACAAUCUCACCUUUGACCCCAACGCCAUCUCUGGAUACCAGGUAGAUCCACAGGCUCCAGAGCCCAAGUCUCAGGAACUGUUUCAACAGCUGGAGUCACUGAUGGCAGCUCAGGAUGACAUCAUCUCCCAGGUCUCCUCCACACCCUCCACACCCUCACUCCCUCACUCCCCCACAGGUGAGAGCCUCAGAGAGGGAGGUGGCGGCCAUUCUAGGCAGGAGAGAAGCAGAGGAAUCCAACCCACAGCUGUCGGUGUCAGUCUACGACGUUGCCAGGAACCAGAAGGCCUUCCAGCAGAGAGAGGAGGAGGAAGAGAGGGCGAGGGAGGAGGAGAGGAUCCAGAGGGAGAAGGAGAGGGACUACCUCGCCCCUUUCCUCGGGAAACUGGUGGGGGACGCCAAGGAGAUGGACAGGGAGCGGAUGGUCGCGGUUGCCGAGGAGUGUCUGAAGGACAAGCGGCAGAGUCUGGUCGACAAGGCCAACAGACUCCAGUGCCAGUUUGACGCUGAAACAGAGGCCCUCUCCCGCAAGCAGGCGUGGUACAAGGCCAACCAGGACUCCAUCACCAGGGAGUCAGAGGCCAACUACACCGCCUUCUGCAACGACUCCCUGUUCAGGAUACACAUCCUAGAACAGAGACUCAACAUACACAAGAGCACAGCUCCUGAGAAGUAUCUACAGUUGGAGAGAAGACUGAGAGAAGACCACAGACUACGACCUGCUCACUAACUAAACACUCCACACACACACACACACACACACGGCUCUCAAAAGAUUUGAUAUAUACAUAAUUCAAUAGUUUAGAGUUUUAAGAGUUUUGAAGAGUCAAUGACCACACCCCCUUCGUUAAUCUGGACCGUGAAUAUCUUGUUAGGACUCACUGGACUCUUCUCCACUGUCAGCUGUGGACAGAGGAAGAGAGAAGGAGAGGAAGUGGUCAUAUCAAAGAGACGAAGAGCUCACUGUUCGCUGGGACUCUGUGAGGUGGUUCAGGAGUAAUCUGAUGUUCACACAGUGAGCCCACGUGUUGCCAAGGGCAGCAGUCACAUGACCUCCACCACUGCCUCCCGACCAAUCAGAUUCCUUCUCCACGUCAUGUGACACCCCACCAACAGCCGUGACUUGGUUCGUCACAACUACCUGUGCAUGUGUGUGUAAACCAUCAGGGUGACAUCAAUUGGGGUGCAACUUUACCGGGACGUGGAACACCUCAGCCAGAUACCUGCAGUAAGAGAGCAUCACCACAACAGACAGACACAUUACUUGGCUCUCACAUCUUGCCCCAACUCUCCCAUUUUCAGUUUCAAAGUCCCUCCAAUUAUUACAAUUUCCCCUCCCCUCACAGCCAAUGAGUCCCCGUCCCAAUGUGAUUUCCCUCCCUAACGACACACUCAGGAUCUUUCAAUAAACAACCUUCUCUUCCGCCUCACUUGUAACCUUAUUUAAUGCACACCAAAUCCACAUUUUACUUCUCAAUCUUCCUCCACAGCGGAACCCUCUAAUCCGGACACCAACUGACAGAAGAGGUGUCCAUUUUUUUUAGUCUGGACGUGAAGCCACCCAGUGUAGCUGCUCGCUCGGCCAUUUCUCUCCCAUCUCUGGCUCCA